GCAUCAGUUCUACAGAAUCUCUUCCGCUCGAUGCACUGAUGACACUCAGCAAAAUUUGUGUACAUUUGUUAUAAGAAAAUAUUUAUUAAUCAUGGUGAAGACGGGAGUAGAGAAAGCUACAACAGCUAGUACUCUCAAUGGUGGUACCAGGGCCGUGUACCGGAAGUGAACUCUUUGUGUCGGUGAGGUGUGGCUUGAGCUUGGCUAGUCAGUGGUUGGGUCGGCACGUGAAGAACAUCUACCCCUUCUCCCCCAUAUUCCUCGCUAUGGUUGUUUUCCGGAGUUUGUUGAGUGUGAAGUUUGCAUCAAAGUUGAUAAAGGAAUCAGCAUGUAUCCCGAAAACUAGGAACGCCUAUCACUCUGUACCAAAUAUCCUCUACGGAAAGUGGAACAACCUACCAAGGAAAGUCCAGACCUAUGUGGACCAUAAUAUCCGACUCUGUCAGCCGUCCUCCGUCCACAUCUGUGAUGGAUCGGAAGGGGAAAAUAAUCUACUGCUCUACCUCCUCCAGAAGGAUGGCAUGAUCAAGCCCCUCCCUAAGAUGGAGAACUGCUGGCUGGCCAGAACUGACCCUGCCGAUGUUGCUCGAGUAGAGAAAUUGACAUUCAUGUCGACGGAAAAUGAACGGGACACCAUUCCAGUUCGUAAAGCAGGAAUUUCCGGCACAUUAGGAAACUGGAUUAGUCCGGACAACCUAGAAGUGGAGAUGGAGCAGAGAUUUCCGGGCUGUAUGAGUGGAAGAACCAUGUAUGUGAUCCCGUUCAGUAUGGGGCCGAUUGGCUCACCUCUGUCCAAGAUCGGAGUACAGCUGACAGACUCUGCGUACGUCGUGGCAAGCAUGCGGAUCAUGACACGUAUGGGUGCCAAGGUGCUACAAACGCUUGGUGACUCCGACUUCGUCAAAUGUCUACAUUCUGUCGGCAGGCCUUUCCCUCUAACAGAUCCCCUAAAAAACAACUGGCCAUGCGAUCCUAAGAAAACAAUCAUUGCACACUUACCAGCCAAGAAUGAGAUCUGCUCGUUUGGCAGUGGUUACGGUGGAAAUUCUCUUCUGGGCAAAAAAUGUUUCGCUCUUCGCCUUGGCUCCAUUCUUGCGAAGAGGGAAGGCUGGCUUGCUGAACACAUGUUGAUCCUGGGUAUAGAGAACCCUAAGGGUGAGAAGAAAUACAUUGCAGCCGCAUUCCCAAGUGCCUGUGGUAAAACUAACCUGGCUAUGAUGAACCCCUCCCUCCCAGGCUACAAAAUCACAUGUGUCGGGGACGAUAUCGCAUGGAUGAGAUUCGACAAAGAGGGUCGCCUCAGAGCCAUCAAUCCAGAGGCUGGAUUCUUCGGAGUGGCUCCAGGAACUUCAAUGAAAACAAACCCGAAUGCCAUGGAAACCAUCCAGCGGAAUACAGUUUUUACAAACGUAGCGGAAACCUCAGAUGGCGGUGUAUACUGGGAAGGCAUGGAGAGCGAGACUGAUAAAAAUACCUCAAUUACCUCCUGGCUCAACGUUGAGAAUUGGACCUCAGAUCAAGGCGGAAACUCUGCACACCCUAACUCACGAUUCUGUACCCCAGCCGCCCAGUGCCCGAUCAUGGACCCUGCCUGGGAGAGUCCCGAGGGAGUCCCUAUUGAUGCCAUCAUAUUUGGAGGAAGGCGUCCUGAAGGUGUACCUCUCGUGUAUGAAGCCUUGAACUGGCAGCAUGGAGUGUACAUCGGAGCUUCAAUGAGGUCGGAAGCUACAGCUGCUGCCGAGCACAAAAGCAAAGUCAUCAUGCAUGACCCCUUCGCCAUGCGGCCAUUCUUCGGAUACAACUUCGGACAUUACCUGAAACAUUGGUUGAGUUUUCAAGAGAAACCUGAUCUGAAAUUGCCGAAGGUGUACCAUGUCAACUGGUUCAGGAAAAAUACAGAGGGAAAGUUCAUCUGGCCGGGGUUCGGAGAAAACGCACGAGUGUUGGAUUGGAUCUUCCGUCGUAUCGACGGAGAAGACUGUGCAAAGAUGUCCGCCGUAGGAUAUGUUCCGAAGGAGGGGUCAAUCAAUAUGGAAGGUUUGAAUGAGAAAGUGGACAUGGAGGAAUUGUUUCGUCUUCCAAAGGAGAGUUGGUUGCAGGAAGUUGUGGACGUUGAGAAAUACUUUGACGAGCAAGUUCAUGAGGAUCUUCCAGGCGAGAUCAUGACAGAGCUACGAAAUCUGGAGGAACGAGUGAAAACCAUGUUAUAAAUUUACAGGUUGUCUGCCAUAACUUUCUGUACUGAACUACGGAAGGUGUUAAUUAUAUAACAUCACUGUGAAUGUUUAGUACUUUUUAUAUACAUGUUUAAAGUCUUUAAACUUACAAUCAAAAUCUUCAAUCUUUGAUUGGUUUAAUUGUGUUAUGGUGUCAUCAUACAACGACUUCAUGAGAAACUGUAGCAGCUAUUUUAAUUGUAAUUAGUCUCUUACAGUAUCAAUCCUACUCCUGUAGUGUUAAGAGUACUCAGGGCAUUGAAAUGUACAGGGUGUCAUAUUACAUAGGGUGUCAUAAUACACAGGGUGUCAUAGUAUACAGGGUGUUAGAUUCAGGUGAUGGACAAGAAUAAUUUUUGACUUCUUUUUGGGUAGAAUUUGGAGAAUCUUGAUUUAAUGUAUGGAGAAUCAUUGACGUAAUUUUCCUUUGGUCAUGAAAUCUUCAGUGCCAUCAAUAUUAAUUGUGAUUGAUGCUUGUAUUGCAUUUUAAUUUUCAAUCAGUUUUCUAAUGGUUUAUUUAGAAAGCAAAAUUUUAAUUUGCAAUGAUAAAUUGGUAUUAAACCGUUUUUUUAACAGCAUUUUUUGGCAUCACCCUUUAAAUUUACCAAUUUUUUAUUCAGUAUUUAGGUUUAGUAUGUAAAUCGUACCAAUGAUAAUACAUUAACAAUAUAAAAUUAAUGUAAUUAUUGAUCAUUAUAGAAUUAUAUAGAUAAAUUAGCCUCAUUUUUUCAUUGUUGUUAAAUAUGAAUUUCAUUAUGAUUUAGAAAAUUAUGAACAUGUGGGAUAAAUAUUUGUUCAUUUUCCUAACAAGGGAGAUAUUCAUUCAUGCCAACCUCUUCUAUCAUUUCAAAUUUUUUCUUUUAAUUGUUGAAUAUUAGAAUAACAGACCAAUAUAUAGAAAUUAAGAAUGUUAAAGUAUACAGGUGUUGUGUAUCACAUACUACACUUCCUGUUUAUAUUUUGAAACAUUUUGGAUGAAAAUUCAGAAAAUUUAUUCUUAUAUUCAUAAUUUGUCCUUUUGAAUUUUAAUUUUUUUUCGAUGGAUUUUUUCCAUACACAUCAAUUUCAUGAGAGAAAGGGGAAAGCUUGACAUGUGAGAAGGAUUUUUAGAGAUGUGAAAGAUAUCACUGAUGUAAGAAUUCCUUGUAUAUAUUCAUAAACUUCUACAUAUAUCUGAUGUUCCAAUGUCGUACAUAUUUGUAACAUAUAAUAAUAUAUUUUCAUUAGGAAUUGAUGAACAUUUUUUAAAUGUGAUAUUUCAUUUAUGUCAUAUUAUUUUAUAUACAAGAAUAUCUACAUCUCUCUAAUCCAAUUAAAACAUUCAUUAUCACACAAAGGUCCAAUUAAUAUGUCUUUGAUUUUUAAUUUUUUUUCCUUUUUAAUAUAUUCAUUGAUAGGUAGUCCUAUAUUUCUUUGAUAGAAUAAAAUAAUAUAUUAUUUAACAUUGCUGAUUUUUAUUCAUAUUUAUGUAAAUUCAUUUCAUUUUUAUAAAAUUAUUUAUAUUGUUUAAACAGAAAAUAAUUUUACCUUUUCAUUCAAGACUUGUUUUGUUUUUGUUUUAUUUUGUACUUGACUGAAGUAUUAUAAUCAUUCUUUUGUUUCUAAUCUUGGUGAAAAAUUUUAACUAUUAUCAACUCACAAUCAUCAAUUUCAUUUUGUUUGUAUUAUUCAAGACCCAUGUCUGUAUGAUAUUGCCUUUGUUUUUUAGAUUUAUCCAUAUAGUUUUAAAAUUCUGUUUAAUUAUCACGUAUAUGUAAUUGUUAUUAGUUUUAAAACAAAAUAAAACUUUCUAUACUUGUAAAUUGUUUUUACUCGGAUAUUGUUUAAUUUACUUAUACAAGAUUUAGAAUGUUAAAAAUUAUACACAUACUGUAUAACAUGAAAUAUAAGUGGGUAAUUUUUUUCGUGGUUAGAAGCUACAUAGAUAUAACUAUAUAUAGGUCUGUGGAAAUUUCCGAUUGAAUAGACCUCACAAAACUUUUAUCGGCCACAAUGUUUCUAAAAUAUAAUCUGAGUGAUUUAUAGUCUAUUUCAAAAUUCCCUCUUUUUGAUGUUAAUUGCAUUGCGUAGACAUUAGUGUUAUCAUACUGCUGUUUGGCGUAGUAUAAAAAAAAUCGUUAACUCUAUUUCCAUGGUGCCAGACUAACCACGAAAUCUUCAGAUUUAUUUAACAACAAAUAUUUCAUGUAACACAGCAUGGUAUUUCAAUUAAGUAGUGGAGUGAUUUCAAUUAUUGCCAAGUUUAGAGUAAAGUUUGAAUAUUGAAUUUUUCUGAAACCUGAGUGAAUCUUAUUUGGUGGUACUCAAUGGGAAGGGGUAAAAUAUAUUAUUCAAAUUUUUUUUUUUGGGGGGGGCUUAUCAUCACAAUCACACAUUUUCCUUACUUCAUAUGUUGAUUGCGAUUUUGAAUUCAAUUUUGUUGGUUUGAUUAAAUUUUUAUUUUAUAUUAUUUUAAUAUAUACAAUUUAAUUGUUUAAUUAUGCAAAAAAUCCUCUUGCAUUUCGAAGACACAAGUUUGAUGUUGAAAAUGGCAGUAAAAUAAAACUUAGUAUACUUAGGUUUUUAUUUUAAAUGCUGAAAUUUGAUAAAUCAAUUGUUUGCUAAUUAUAUUAAUUAUGCAAAUAUGUAUUGGAUGGGAAAACUUGUAUCAAUUAUGCAAGGAAUGAUUGUUGUUACCUGAUUGUGUCAAUUUAAAUGUACUUUUGUAUUUGUGAUUUAAAAGCAUGUAUUAUUUACAACUGUGAUGUAAACAAAGAAAUCCCAGUUUCCAGGGUAAAAAUUGUCUGAUCUUAAUGAUUUCCAUGUUCAGAUCUCCGAGCCUUUUUCUAAAUGUGUUCAUAAUGAGUCUACGCUAUUUCAAAGAAUGUUUUUUAUGUUUACAUGAAAAUACUUCAAUGUUUUUUGGUGAAAUACUGAUAUAGACUCAAACUUUACAUUAUUUUCAAUCUCCAACAUCUUCUAAAUUAAAUUCUCACAAAAAUCAUUAAGUUCAUUUAUUUAUAAAACUGACAUAUUUCAGAUUUGUCUAUGGAAGUUUUUUAAAAUGGAAAGGGUGAAGAAUUUGAAUGGCAGUACAUAUGCAAAUGUAAGAUGCUUUGUUUGUGAUAUAUUUUAUUUUAUUUAUUGUCAGACAGUCACAAAGAAAACAUAAGUUCAGGUAGUCACAAUAGAAAUUCGGCCGAAACGCUUGAGACUUUAUUCGUUUAUGCGGACAAACUGGUUCGUUAUCAUUUUUUUGUAACAUUUCAAGCAUAAAUCUUGUCGGCCAUUCAGAUAUUGAUACAGGCCUCAUUUAGGCUUGUCCAAAGGAAACAUAAAAUCACUAGGUCCGUCAUUAUUUCAUUAAAUAACAACUCCGGUUAAACUCGUCCAACUGUUUGUAUCGCGAUAAACGAAAAUGGCCUUUUAGCAUUCUCUGUAGUAAAUGAUCUGAAUUUUUAAAUGGGGUGAAGUUGUCUCCCUUUUUGAAGUAAAUUGACCCAGUAACAGACCGGUAAGAUUAAAUGUGAAAGGAUGUGUAUAUAUGUGUUUGUGAGUAGCGGUGGUUCGGUUUGAGUUGACCAUAAAUCAUGUAUACAUUUUUGCAAAAAUAAGCAAUAUGAUGUUGAUUUAUGAAUUUACAUGUACAUUUUUUCCCGGAACUUUUGCAAUUUGAGGAAGAGAUAUUUAUAGGUCCAUGCUAAUUAAUUCAUUUUGCUCAGCUUGAUACUGUGUGCAAUUAAGUGUUCUGGAUGUGAUUUAAAAUUGUGAUUGAUUAAUUUUUUACUGCCAUAUUAAUUAUGUUUGUAGACGUAUUGAAUCUGUUUAUUGUAAAGAGUAACACUUUAGUAUGUGUGAACCUUUAGUCUGUGGAUCGUAUAUUUGUAAGCAAAUCUCAAAUAUAUAUGUGAACGUUAAGAGCACAUUUCAGCCUCGAGAGCCAUUGAUGAAUUUCCACAAAAAAGAGACAUUCCAUAAAAAUGAUUUUACAAUGUAUUUGAGUCUGUAGCUAUUAAAAAUCAGUUCAUUAAAUCUGGAAGUAUUGUAUAAGCAAUGCCCAAAGCUUUGAAAUGUAACACUUUUUCUUAUCCUUUACACAGUAGGUUUAAAAUAGUGGCUCUUAAGAUUCCGAAUGUUGUAUAAUUGUUCUUGCCAUACUUUUGUGAUAAAAAGGAAAUUUUCAAAAUAUUAUGUGAAAAUGAUAUUUUGUGCAAUUCAUGAGUAGUCAGUAGAGUAGAAAAUUCUUUCUUUGAAGUUUGUUGAAUAUGGACCAUCUUUAAAGGGGAGGUAACUCUUGAGAAAAGUUGCAAUGGGAGGGCAAUAUUAUAUAGAAGGUAUUUUUACAAGUUUAUUGGACGGAAUAUAAAUCUGAAUAUAAACAGGAAAAAAAUAAUAAAAACAAAUUUAAGAAUA